GUGAAACUCAUAAACUGGAAGUGUGUGGAAAUAACUGGAGUGCUGAACAGAGAAGCCGCUUCUUGUGUUACGCUUGUGUGUGGAAAUGGACGGGCAGCAGGCAGUGAUCGACAGGCUGCGAGCUUCCUUUCGGUCAGGGAUUUCCCUUCCUGAGCAGUUUCGCCUGGGUCAGCUAAAAGCCCUCCUAACACUCGUCACAGACAAUGAACAGCAAAUUUUGGAGGCUUUACAGAAGGACCUCGCCAAGCCCAAGUUUGAGGCAAUUCUGUCAGAGGUAGACAUGGUUAUAAACGAGCUGUCCUACACCAUAAGUCACCUGAAAUCCUGGAUGGCACCAGAAUAUGUUGAGAAAAAUCUGGCAACGAAGCUGGAUGACUGCUUUGUCCGCAGGGAGCCCCUAGGUGUAGUAUUGAUUAUAGGGGCAUGGAAUUACCCUUUCCAACUAAUUUUGUUGCCCUUGAUUGGGACAAUAGCUGCAGGAAACUGUGCUAUUGUGAAACCCUCUGAAAUUAGUGUGACAACAGGAAAGCUUCUUGCAGACCUCAUUCCGAAGUACCUGUCUCAGGAAUGCUAUGCAGUAAUAUGUGGUGGAAUUGAAGAAACAAAGAAGUUACUGGAGAAUAGAUUUGAUCAUAUCUUCUACACAGGUUCCCAGGCUGUGGGUCGCAGUGUCCUCCAGGCAGCAGCAGUGCAUCUCACCCCCGUCACUCUGGAGCUGGGGGGGAAGUGUCCCUGCCUAAUGUAUGGCAAGCUGGACAUCCAAGCAGCUGCCAAGAGACUUGUCUGGGCAAAGUUCUUCAAUGCGGGCCAAAGCUGUGUGGCACCAGACUAUGUACUCUGCAACCGCCAAACAUGCGAGGCCCUUGUGCCCGCCCUUCGUCAAGCCCUAGAGGCUUUCUAUGGUCAGCGACCACGGGAAUGUGACGACAUGGGCCGCAUAGUGUCACAGAAGCACUGUGCCCGGCUAGUGAGCUUGCUGGAGAGAUCCACUGGCAAAGUCGUAAUUGGAGGAGAAACCGAUAAGGAGGAAAAGUAUAUUGCCCCCACAGUGUUGGUAGAUGUCAAGGAGACAGAUGCACUCAUGGAGGAAGAGAUCUUUGGCCCCAUCCUGCCCAUCAUCUCUAUUGACACACUUGCAGAUGCUAUCAGCUUUGUUAAUGCAAGAGAGAAGCCUCUCGCUCUGUAUGUUUUCUCAGAUGAAUCUAAGGUGGUCCACACAGUUUUGGAGCAAACCAGCAGUGGUGGUUUCUGUUCUAAUGACGGCAUAGUCCACAUGUGUCUACCAGGACUGCCUUUUGGAGGAGUUGGCAACAGUGGGAUGGGCAGCUACCAUGGACGGUGGGGCUUUGAGACGUUCAGUCACCGGAGAGCCUGCAUGCUGAGGGGAUGGGGCUUAGAGCGGGUCAACGUUCUGCGCUACCCUCCAUACACUGAGAGCAACCUAGGAUGGCUGCGCUGGGCCACAGGUGCGAGACGCCAGGGCUGGGGCUGUUCUGUCAUGUGAAGCUCAGCUGACGUGCAACAGAGCACUGACCUUGUGUGCCAUUACUGCAGAAUGCUAACAAGCUGCCAAGGCCUCUUUUUUACUUACAUUUUUAUAUAAUUUGCUAAUGAUGCUAAUCAGUUUAUUCACAGAUGGAAUUCUCAUGAAUUUCCUCUUGAUUUAGCUGACUGACUACUACGGUAUAGUCUUUCAGUGUAGACACUUGAUGUUUAGAAUACAUGAAGGUGAAGGGUUGCAUUUGGUUGAAGUGCCAUGCACUUGUAUUGUAUUCAGUUCUUGGGGGAAAUCUGUUCUACAUUAAGGAGAUAAGUGUUUACAUACAGGCUUAAGGUCAUUACUGCAGCAACUGCAGAUUUAAUUAGCUGAUCCCUUUCAUAAUCUUAAGUUACUUAGGGACCAUUUUUGAGCCUUUGUCCUUACAGGAUUCUUCCUUUCAUACGAAAUACUCUGGUUUUACCAUCUCUUCAUGGUGGAGUCAGAAGUAGCACUUUGCACUUCAUUUAACAUGUGGCUCAAAUUAUGCAUUAUAGGCAUUUAUGAUACUCUGAUGUACACAUUUGUCUUUGUUCUUUAUGGGGUCUCAACACUAGCUUUAUACAAAUAAACUAGCCAAGGUAUGAGAGUACAUAUAUUUUUGUCAGAAGUAUUAAAUUUUAAUAAAAUGUACUGACAAACUGUUCUGUUUGAAGGUGCACCUCUUUCUUGCCAUUAGUAGCUAGCCCUACACAAUCAUGUAUGUAAACCUUGUGUUUCAUGGUAUUCUUUAGUAGGUCCCAUUCUCCAUGAACAUUCUUGAGUUUAACA